UUCUCCAGACAUCAGAUCUGUAUUUAUUACACUAAUAUUAUAGGUGAUACAGCACAACUACCGGCUGUACAUGAUGACUUUACCAUUCCUUGUUUACAGGUUCUCCAGUCAUCAGAUCUGUAUUUAUUACACUAAUAUUAUAGGUGAUACAGCACCACUACCGGCUGUACAUGAUGACUUUACCAUACCUUGUUUACAGGUUCUCCAGACAUCAGAUCUGUAUUUAUUACACUAAUAUUAUAGGUGAUACAGCACCACUACCGGCUGUACAUGAUGACUUUACUAUUCCUUGUUUACAGGUUCUCCGGUCAUCAGAUCUGUAUUUAUUACACUAAUAUUAUAGGUGAUACAGCACCACUACUGGCUGUACAUGAUGACUUUACUAUUCCUUGUUUACAGGUUCUCCAGUGGUCGUACAGGAGAGUUUAGAGGUGAAGACAGAGAAAGAGGAGGAGCUGCACACCAAGUGUCAUGUGACCAACAUAAAGUGUGAAUAUGAUGCAUUUACUGAUAACGGAUUUCCAGUAAAUCUACCAGAGAGAGAGAAAGAGAAGAUGGACACUGCAGAUUAUGAGACUACAAUAAAGACUGAAGGUGUUACAUCAGCUGGUGAUGGUUAUACAUUGGUUCCGUCAGACAGUUUAGAGGUGAAGUUAGAGAAUGCGGAGCCAUGCACUGAGGAUCAUGUGACCAUCAUAAAGACUGAAGUUGAUGCAUUUCCUGUUGACCCAGAGGUAAAGUCAGAAGCAGAAGAGACGGACACCGAGGAACAUGUGACUGCUAUAAAUAUGGUGACCGUUACAUCCGCACACGACGAAUUUCCAGUAGUACCAGAGAGUUUUAAAAUGGAGAAUGAAAAGAUGGAACCCGACGAUCAUGUGAUGACAAUAAAGAUUGAAAAUGUUAUGUCCACUGAUGGUGAUAACAACUUGAAUAUUACACAUCAACACCAGGGAAGAGAUAUUGGACUGAUACCACUCAGCGCAAAAGUACUGAGAACUAAUGACUGUCACCAAACAUUAGACAUAUCUCAGCAGGCAUUUGAAGAUGAGGGAGUUGACAAUGAUGAAGAACUAACAGAACUGGGGCACACAAAAUUCAAGAGGAAGAAAGACUUGAAACAAAAAGGAAAAGAUCACCUCUUGUCUCACCAAUGGGUUCACACAGAGAAUAAAACGUCAUCCAUUACUGAACAUUCAGGAAGUUUUAAAGAAAAGAAAAGUCUUCAAUAUCAGCAAAUUAUUUCCACAGAUGAAACAUCAUUCGCUUGUACGAAAUGUGGGAAAAGCAUUUCAGAAAAGUCAGGACUCCUAAAACACCAAAUGGUUCAUAGAGGGGAGAAACUUCACACGUGUACAAAGUGUGAUAAAUGUUUUACACAAAAAAGUAGCCUCAUAUCUCAUGAAAGGACCCAUACAGGGGAGAAACCAUUCACAUGUACAGAGUGUGGGAAAAGCUUUACAAACAAAUCGUAUCUCCUAGUACACAAAGUGGUUCAUACAAGGGAGAAGCCGUUUCCAUGUACAGAAUGUGGGAAAUGUUUCACACAAAAAAGCACUCUUGUAUCUCAUGAAAGGAUCCACGUAGGUAAGAAGCCAUUUACGUGUAUAGAAUGUGGUAAAAACUUUACAUCUAAGUCAUGUCUCCUUAACCAUCAAAUGAUUCAUACGGGUGAGAAGCCGUUCACAUGUACAGAGUGUGGGAAAUGUUUUGCACAAGAAAGUAAUUUAAUAUCUCAUAGAAGAAUUCACACAGGGGUGAAGCCAUUCUCAUGCUCAGAGUGUGGGAAGUGUUUUACGGGAAUGAGUAGCCUCAUAUCUCAUGAAAGGAUACACACAGGGGAAAAACCUUUUACCUGUGCAACUUGUGGGAAGAGUUUUGCACAAAAGAGUAAUCUCACUGCUCAUGAAAGGAUUCACACAGAGAAAGUAUUUACUUGUACAGAAUGUGGCAAAAGUUGUCAACACAAGGCAUGUCUCUUAAAACAUCAAAAGAUUCAUCCAGGGCUGAUUCCUUUUAAAUGUACAGAAUGCGGAAAAAGCUUUGCCUCUAAGUCAGGUCUCCUAAAACACAAAAAGAUUCACACAGGGGAGAAGCCCUUUACGUGUUCAGAAUGUGGAAAAAGCUUUGCAUACAAGUCAGAUCUCCUAACACACCAAAGGAUUCACACUGAGGUUAAACCUUUCAUGUGUACCGAGUGUGGAAAAUAUUUUACACAAAAGUGUAACCUCAUGUAUCAUGAAAGGAUCCAUACCGGAGAAAGACCAUUCACUUGUACAGAGUGUGGAAAAAGUUUUAAACAAAAUUCAGACCUCCUAAAACACCAAAAGUACCACACUGGUGAGAGACCAUUCGCAUGUACCAAGUGCGGGAAAUGUUUUACACAAAAGAGCAAUCUCACAUAUCAUGAAAGUUUCCAUACAAGGGAUAGACCGUUCACUUGUACAGAUUGUGGAAAAAGCUUUAAACAAAAAUUAUAUCUUAUAAAACACCAAAAGCUUCAUACAGGAGAGAAGCCUUUCACUUGUGUAGAGUGUGGGAAAUCUUUUACACAAAAGAGUAGCCUUAUAGCUCAUGCGAGGAUUCACACAGGGGAAAGACCCUUCACGUGUACAGAGUGUGGGAAAAGCUUUACAUAUAAUUCAUAUUUACUGAAACAUCAAAUGAUUCACACCGGGGAGAGGCCUUACUCAUGUAAAGACUGUGGGAAGAAUUUCACACAAAGGAGUAGUCUCACAUCUCAUAAAAAGAUUCACACCAGAGUAAUUCUAUUCCCAUGUACAGAGUGUGGAAAAAGCUUUACAUCUAAGUCUUAUCUCUUAAAACACCAAAUGCUUCAUACAGGCCAGACGCCAUUCACAUGUACAGAGUGAGAGAAAGUUUCACAUGAAAGAGAGAUCUCAAAUCCUCUGGGUGGUUCCACACGCACAAAAAAGUAACUAAAGACUAAAGUCAUAAAUAAGUCAGAUUUCCCUAAACAUCAAACAGUUUAUAAGAAGGAAAAAGCCUUUUAUGAACAUAGAAUGUGUAGGUAGAUUAGAAACGUUCAUCAUGGGGUCCAAAAAUAAAAAAAAAUAAUAUAGACAAAUGCAAA